AUGGCAGCAAAGUCGAAAAGGUUACUGAAAGUUAUAGAUGGAAUACGUUCUUGGAAUAUUAGCUCGUCUCAGCCAAAUUCGUCGCCAAAGUCAGCCAUUGAAAUCGACGAGUAUUUAAAGAGUGAACAUUUCCAAGUUGGAAAGAUCUCUGUGCAUGGUUUUCCUCACCAACCAACUUGCAUCGCUUUUGAUCCCGUUCAACGAAUUGUUGCUGUUGGAACGAAGUGUGGGUUCAUCAGAAUUUUCGGAAGACCAGGUGUAGACUGUAGCAUCUCUCAUCCCUCAGCAUCUGCUGUCCUUCAAAUAUUCUUUCUCGUCAACGAGGGUGGAUUGGUUUCCAUUUGUGGUGACGACGUUGCACACUUGUGGAACAUACGACAAAAGAAUCCAGAAAUAGUACACUCUUUACAGUUCAAACGUGAACAUUUGACCUGCGGUCAUCUUCCUGUUGGUAGUAGUUGGCUCUAUUUGGGUACUGAUAAGGGUAACGUGAAUUUCAUAAGUGUUCAACGGUUCACUACAUCGGGCUAUGUGAUUAAUUGGAACAAGGCUAUCGAUCUAUCUCAGUCGUCGCAUCCGGGGAAAGUUAUUCAGAUAGCUGAGAAUCCUCAAGAUCCUAACAAGAUUCUUAUUGGUUAUUCUUCGGGAUUUCUUGUAUUAUGGGAUCUAAAAACCAAACAGGGUGAUGCUCGUUUCAAACAUACAGAUAGUUUGUAUAGUGUAGUCUGGCACUGGGAUGGAAAAAGUUUCCUUACUUCGCAUAAUAAUGGUUUACUUGCAACUUGGUUAAUUCGCCAACCACAACGUCCAGUUUCUGUGAUCUGCCCGCAUGCCCCUGGUGAAGCGGUUCCAGAUGACUAUAUAUUUUACGAACCGAUACGUUUGGUAGAAUGGCUGCCUACUAGAAAUGGCGAACCAUUCAUUAUCUUUUCUGGUGGUGGCCGUUUUCCUGGAGCUCAAACUGUCAUUCAUUCAUCAGUAGCUACUACUAAUGUCUCCUCGACGUCGUUACCUAAUUCGGAUUCAUCUGAAAAUGACCAAAUUUAUCAUCAUCAUCAUCAUUUGGUUGUUUUACAAUUGGAUCAUAAACUUGUUCAAUUUACAACUCUUUGUAUGUCUCCUUACACAAGUGAGACAAUGGAUCCUUAUGCAGUUGCCAUAUUAUUACAAGAAGAUCUUGUUGUUAUUGAUCUCUUAUCUACAAACUUCGCAACAUUUGAAAACCCAUAUCCAAUGGAUUUGCAUAGUUCUCCUGUCACCAGCUGUUUAUAUUUAGUUGAUUGUCCUGGAGACUUGAUACCUGCUUUCUAUUCUGUUAGCAGUCGUCGAAAUCGUACUCAAAGUGGCACGUGUGCUGAACCUGAUGUGUUCAGCAGUCGCGAAUGGCCUAUUACUGGAGGAGAAUGGCGAUUAAGUAAUCAACAAGUUCCUGAAUUAAUCAUAACGGGACAUGCUGAUGGAUCUGUUCGAUUUUGGGAUGCAUCCGAAGUUUCGUUGACGCCACUCUAUAAGUUUCGUACUUCGAAGUUGUUUGCAAACCCAUCAACUAGUACAUCUAAUCCUGUUGAAACAGGCAGUACCUCACUUUCUGAUGCAAAAGAUAUCAAUGCUCAAUAUUCUUCGAUUUUGUUAGCGACUGAAAGCGAUCCUCUUGCCAUACAUUUUAUGCACUUCUGCUCGGAUUCCCGUAAACUGUUAACUGCGAGCAGUUACCAUACUUGUUUAUUACACUUCAGUCGUCGAGAAAUAAAUCUUGAAACUGCAGUUAUGGAUAUCAAUAUGGCUUAUGAUGGAUUAGAUGAUAUUGGUUUCGCCUACUCAACUGGUGAUACUUUCUCUGAUGAUCAUUUGAAUACUGCUGAAAAUUUAUCCGGUAACGUGACUAAGGAUACUGUCCAACAGUCAUUACCUCAUGUAUCCAGUGGGAGUGUUAGUUCUUAUCAAUCUGCAUCUCCAACAGAAAGGGAUUUACGUGUAUUCGUUCCAGUACGUCAAGGUAGCCAUCAUUGGCCUCCAGGCUACCAACCACUUCUUGUUUGUCGUGUAGGCAUACUUGGACUAAGCUUUGAGUCAAAUAUAAAGUCAAGUACCGAUCCUACAGCUUCCUGUCUCAUCCCUCCGCCAUCCAUUACAGCUAUUAGUAUGAGUUCAGCUUUUAGUUUGAUGGCUAUUGGAAGCGAAUUCGGCAUUGCUGUUGUGGAUUAUGUUCACAAGAUUUGCUUGCUGUCUAUUUCAUCUUCUGACUUAUUAAGUCGUGGUCCUAUCAAUCUAACUGGGUCGUCUGCUUCGGGUGAAGUGAAAUUCUGUGAUCAGAAUAAUAGUUCAGCUGGCUCAACUUCGUUGGCUAAUACAUGCAUUAUAAACAAUCAGACAGCUUUGAAAAACGUCCACUCAAAUUCAGAUGCUGCACAAUCGAGUGAGUCAUCUAGUACCGGUUAUACAACACGCUAUGUAUUAUCAAGAACUACAACUGUCAAAAGUGAAUUGAAACGUGCCAAGUCCCAAGUGGUUUUGGCCUGUCGAACAAAUCAAUCAUCUCGUCAACAAGGACAAACGUCUAAUGCACAAAACACUUCUUCAGAAAAGUGCUCCGACCUUUCACAGUUUUCACAUCCGGGAAGUUUAACCGCAAGUUCUAGCUCGUUAGAUAAUCUAAACUGUGAGACAAUUAAAACAAUUUUAUUCAGUGAAUGGAUAUCCCCUAAACAAGACUUACAUUUUGUCCCAAAUCUCUGGAUCGGGACAUCUCGUGGAUGUGUCCUUGCUUUGAAUCUAAAGUAUCGAGUAUUGAAUAAUGUCCCAAUCAAUCACUCAUAUUGUAUUGCUUCUUUGUAUCGUUUACGUGGAGAUAUUAUUCACAUUAGCCUGUUGGAUAAUACCGGUGAUAUUUUACCGAGUCCUUCUGAGCGUUGGGAUGAUUCAUUUAUUUUCAAAGGUGGUGCUGCCUCUGAACUUUCGAAACAAGCAUCUCUUAUAUCUUGUUCAUCCAUAUGUUCUGAAGGAACUUCUAUGUAUACUAAUGCUGACGCAUACAGUUCAACUGAUACUGGUUUCAAGUCUUGUGGUGGUGGUGGCAGUGUUCGAGCAUUGAAAGAGUCAGUUAUUCGACAAAAUACAGUCACCACACAUACGUCUUCAACAUCAACAUCGUGUCACUCUAGUACUAUACUAUCCAAUACUAUGAGCGGUGGUGUCAGUACAUUUCAGUCAAGUGGUACAACUGGACUUGAUUCUCCUACAACAUCCAAAGGUUUUAUCGAGUGUGACCGACAGCUGGUUGUCCUUUGUUCAGAAAAGCAAGCUCGAGUAGUUGCACUUCCUUCACAAAAUUGUCUUUAUAAGGUAAAAAUAACUGAAACAAGUCAAGUGGUACGUGCUUCCGUACAACGUUUGAGACCAUCGCAUAAUAGCGGAACAUCAACGGCUAGUUUCCUCGCAUGUUAUCUUGCAAAUGGACAUUUUGUUGCCUUCUCAUUACCGAGUUUACGUUUACUAAUGGAUGUGGAUUAUUUACCGUAUACAGAAUGUGUAAGCCGUUCGUUUGCAUUUGGUCAGUAUGGUCAAUCUGUGUAUUUGGUGUCGCCCUCAGAAUUAGCUAAAAUCACCUGGGCAUCAGAUGUUUGUGCGAAUUUACGUGAUAUGCAAGGUGAGAUAUUUCUACCAAGUAAUAUGCCAGAACCUCCUAAGAAAAACUUUUUUAAAAAUUUGUUAAGUGGAACUUUGGUGUCUUCAUUAGAUCGAGAUGAAUUGUUUGGUGAAGCAAGUUCGGGGAAGGGGACACCUGGCGCUACUACUCUGCUACCAAAUGCUCGUUUGGAAAAGUUAUCUGGUCAAACUGGUGCUGCCUCUUCUGAAAUUGCACGAGCUAGAAAUGCUGCUAUCGAACGUGGUGAGCGGUUACAGCAAUUAGACCUACAAACGCAAGAGAUGGCUGAUCAAGCUAAAGGUUUUGGUCGUUCUGCUGCUAUUCUCGCUGCCAAAUACGAGAAAAAGGACAAACGCUGGGGUUUGCCAUUCUAA